AAGUGCCUUAAAUUUCUCUGCGAGAGGAAUUUCUGACCAGUCCCCAAAAGACGAAGCGUGGGUCAAGUUAACCUUAUUCAGCACUGCGUUUAUUUACUGAGGAGACACUCCUGUCCAUUUUGGGCCUUUUCAGCUUAACAGAAAAGCCAACAAUGUUCCCGGAUUCAGCCUCAGGAUAUGGUUAUGAGGAGUGCAAGGCCACCGCUGACUGGCUCCUGGAGCAGGCUCCGGUGCGCCCACUGGUGGGCAUUGUGUGCGGCUCAGGCCUGGGUGGCUUGGCUGACAUGCUGAAGGACCAGAAGGUUUUUAAAUACAGCGACAUUCCAAAUUUCCCCCAAAGCACAGUGCAUGGUCAUGCUGGCCAGUUGGUGUUUGGUACUCUUAAAGGAAAACCAUGUGUUUGCAUGCGGGGAAGGUUCCACCUCUAUGAAGGAUAUCCUAUCCAAAAGAUCACCAUGCCCAUGCGCAUCUUCAAGCUGAUGGGCGUUGAGACGGUCAUCUUGACGAAUGCUGCAGGUGGGCUGAACCAGGACUACAAGGUUGGAGAUGUUAUGAUCAUGAAAGACCACAUCAACAUGCCAGGGUUUGCUGGAAACAAUCCCUUAUGUGGACCUAAUGAGGACAGGUUUGGAACUCGUUUUCCAUGCAUGUCGGACGCGUAUGACAGGAAGCUGCAGCAACUAGCUCAAGAGGUGGGGGCAGAGCUUGGCUACUCUGACUUCCUGAGGGAGGGUGUGUACUGUGUGCUCGGGGGGCCAUCCUUCGAGACAAUUGCUGAGUGCAGAAUGCUUAACCGCUUAGGCGCCGAUGCUGUUGGCAUGAGCACAGUCCAUGAGGUGAUAGUAGCUCGUCACUGUGGAAUGAGAGUCUUUGCCCUUUCCCUGAUCACCAACAAGGCCGUGAUGGACUACAGCAGUGAAGAGAAGGCCAACCAUGAGGAGGUUCUGCAGACAGGACAGCAGCGGUCCCAGCAACUGGUCAAGCUGGUGUCCACAAUGGUUCCUCGCAUUGAUUUUGGUGACAACUACAAAAAUGGCGAGGCACACCAUUGUGAGCACUAAUCAAUGCCUCCAUAUACCACCUAUAUAUAUUAUCAGAGUAACAGACACAUCUUGCUAGAACCACCUACAUGUUGCACUGCUAGUUCUUGCACUUCAAAUAGCGAGCCUUUUAGAGGUCCUUAAAGAUUAGUUCUGUUUUAAUAGGUUGCUCACUCUUUGGACCUUCCUUAUACUGUAUUCUUAAAUGUUUACAUUCCUGAGGGAAACUUUAUACGAUGUCUUAAACCAAUCCCAAAGCCAGCAGUUACAGUAAUAGGCAUUCCAAUGUAUAUACAGAAAGGGCUUUGGUAAAUAAUAAAUGAGAGCUGUUUUAAUGUUAUUAACUUAACAGAUCCCUUGCACCAAACUAUUUAUUAAAUGUUUUAAAUGUCUGAUCUGCUCCAAAUGUAACUGAAUACGACAAAGUUGAGCAAUAAUGAAGAAUGUUCAUUAGAGCUGUAACCUCCUAAUUUUAUUUAUUUAUUAUUUUUCUUGAACAGCAAAAGACAUAUUAUUGAGUUCACUUUUGGAUAUCUAUUAGUGCUGUCGCUUUAAGAAAUAUUUAAGUAGUGUAUUUAUAUGAACUUUUUUAGACAGGGUAUUCUUUGAGUGUUUUAAAAAGAGGUAUUUUUGUGUCUGAUACUUCAUAAUGGGAUCAGAGGGUGCUGGGGGCCCCCUGUUAAUUCACAAAUAAUCUGAAAAGAAUUGCUCAAUGUAUAAAACUUUGUAACGUUCUCAUUAUCAAAGGGGAACUUCACAGAUUUCUCUAAAUUUCUACAUACUUCAGCCAUUAUGACAUAAAGAAAGUAAUUAAAAAAUUUGAUGUCUACAACACAAAUAUAGCUAUUUUAUUUACAAUAAAAAUCCACCAGUGACCUGG